CAGAGGCCAGCCUGCGGGGACCGGCCGGCUACGGCCGCCGCCGUGUGAAGGUUCUCCGAGCUCGCGUCGCCGACCCGCAGCCGCUGGGCGGGCUGAGGAGCGAGCCGCCCGCCGCGAGGCCGCCGGGCUCCGGGUGAGGUUUAAAUGUGAUACUGGUAUAGAUCUCCUUGUCCUAAGCUAUCUUCAUCCAACAAGCCAUAAAGCCAUUAUGUGGCAUAACAUCCUUUUUGAGAGGUGAAUAUUAUUGAGUGAAAAUGGCUGACAGAAGUGGGAAGAUUAUUCCAGGACAAGUAUAUAUUGAGGUGGAAUAUGAUUAUGAAUAUGAAGCAAAGGACAGAAAGAUUGUGAUAAAACAAGGGGAGCGGUACAUCUUGGUGAAAAAGACCAAUGAUGACUGGUGGCAAGUCAAGCCAGAUGAGAAUUCCAAAGCAUUUUAUGUGCCAGCCCAGUAUGUGAAGGAGGUCACGCGCAAAGCUCUAAUGCCACCUGUUAAGCAGGUAGCUGGUCUGCCAAAUAAUUCCACAAAAAUAAUGCAGAGUUUGCAUCUUCAGAGAUCAACAGAAAAUGUGAACAAAUUGCCUGAGCUUUCAAGUUUUGGAAAGCCAUCAUCGUCUGUUCAAGGAACAGGUCUUAUUCGUGAUGCCAAUCAGAAUUUUGGACCCAGUUAUAAUCCAGGUCAGACUCUCAACCUAAGUCUGGACCUGACCCAUAAUAACGGAAAGUUUAACAAUGACUCACAUUCUCCUAAAGUUUCCAGCCAAAAUAGGACACGCUUAUUUCCUGGUCCAGAGUUCUUGGACAUAGAGAAAACUAGCUUCUCCCAAGAACAAUCUUGUGAUUCUGCAGGAGAAGGCUCCGAAAGAAUACAUCAAGAUUCUGAAUCCGGUGAUGAACUUAGCAGCAGCUCCACUGAACAGAUAAGGGCAACCACACCUCCAAAUCAAGGAAGGCCAGAUUCUCCUGUCUAUGCUAAUCUUCAAGAACUGAAAAUAUCCCAGUCUGCUCUUCCCCCACUUCCUGGGAGCCCAGCAAUUCAGAUUAAUGGAGAAUGGGAAACUCAUAAAGACAGCUCAGGGCGUUGCUAUUAUUAUAACAGAGGAACACAGGAAAGAACUUGGAAACCACCUCGUUGGACGCGGGAUGCAAGCAUUAGCAAAGGAGAUUUCCAAAGUCCAGGGGAUCAAGAGCUUCUUUCAUCAGAAGAAAACUACUACAGCACUUGUUACAGCCAGUCAGAUAGUCAGUGUGGUUCUCCUCCAAAGGGUUGGUCAGAAGAGUUGGAUGAACGUGGGCAUACCUUAUAUACCAGUGACUAUACUAAUGAAAAGUGGCUCAAGCAUGUCGAUGAUCAAGGUAGACAAUAUUACUACAGUGCAGAUGGAUCUCGAUCAGAAUGGGAAUUGCCAAAGUAUAAUGCUUCAUCCCAGCAGCAAAGAGAAAUAAUUAAAAGUAGGAGCCUGGACAGGCGACUGCAAGAGCCAAUAGUAUUAACAAAGUGGAGACACAGCACCAUUGUAUUGGACACUAAUGACAAGGAAUCUCCAACUGCCUCAAAACCCUGCUUACCUGAAAAUGAGUCUUCUCCCUCCUCACCAAAGCACCAAGAUACAGCCAGCAGUCCAAAGGAUCAAGAGAAAUAUGGAUUAUUAAAUGUAACAAAAAUUGCUGAAAAUGGGAAAAAGGUUCGAAAGAACUGGUUGUCUUCUUGGGCAGUGUUGCAGGGUUCAUCUUUACUUUUUACCAAAACUCAAGGAAGUAGCACAAGUUGGUCCUUCUGCCAACAAGGCUCAGUCUCUGAGCUCUUGCUUUCACUGCUUUCUUCUUGGAAAAACUCUGUCCGUCAUCGGCCUGCUGUUGCAUAUGUAAAGUCUGAUCCUGUUUCAGCCGUCACUUUUGGGAGUAAUCAGUCCAAACCAGAGUUCACAGUGGAUCUCAAGGGAGCAACAAUUGAGAUGGCUUCAAAGGAUAAAUCCAGCAAAAAGAAUGUAUUUGAGCUGAAAACUCGUCAAGGAACAGAACUGCUAAUUCAGUCUGACAAUGACACUGUUAUUAAUGAUUGGUUUAAAGUUCUUAGUAGUACAAUCAAUAAUCAGGCAGUAGAAACUGAUGAAGGAAUUGAGGAGGAGAUACCGGAUUCACCAGGAAUAGAAAAGCAUGAUAAAGAAAAGGAACAGAAGGAUCCUAAAAAACUUCGUUCCUUGAAAGUAUCUACAAUAGAUUCUUCAGAACAGAAAAAAACCAAGAAAAACUUAAAGAAGUUUCUCACACGACGCCCCACUUUGCAAGCUGUUCGUGAAAAGGGUUAUAUUAAAGAUCAGGUAUUUGGAUCCAAUCUUGCUAAUCUGUGUCAGAGAGAGAAUGGCACAGUACCAAAGUUUGUGAAGUUAUGUAUUGAACACGUUGAAGAACAUGGUUUGGAUGUUGAUGGGAUAUACAGAGUAAGUGGUAACCUCGCAGUGAUCCAGAAACUAAGGUUUGCAGUCAAUCACGAUGAGAAGUUGGACUUGAACGACAGUAAAUGGGAAGAUAUUCAUGUCAUUACUGGAGCACUCAAAAUGUUUUUUCGAGAAUUACCAGAACCACUUUUUACAUUUAAUCAUUUUAAUGAUUUUGUUAAUGCAAUUAAGCAAGAACCAAGACAGCGAGUCACUGCUGUUAAGGACCUAAUUAGACAGUUGCCAAAGCCAAACCAAGAUACAAUGCAGAUUCUUUUCCGACAUCUCAGAAGAGUUAUAGAAAAUGGAGAGAAAAAUCGAAUGACCUAUCAGAGUAUAGCAAUUGUUUUUGGUCCCACUCUGUUAAAGCCAGAAAAAGAGACUGGUAAUAUAGCAGUUCAUACUGUGUACCAAAAUCAGAUUGUAGAAUUAAUUCUUCUGGAGCUAAGUUCCAUCUUCGGACGUUGAUUCUUAUGAAGACCUGUGGAAUAGAAGCUGGAUUCCAUCAGAUUUCAAAUGUUUAUACACAAACGUAUUUUAUUUUUUGGACCAAGCAGUGACUCUUUGAUUUUGCACUUUUUUUUUUUUUGAGGGAUCAGAAGGGAAGGGGAGAGUCAAGAUGUGUGUUAGGCCCUCAUAUUUGCUGCUUUGUUACAAGUUGAUAGAGCUACGUGUAAUUAUGAAUUCAUUUUAUCCUGAAUGUUUGCAUUUCAUACUCUGAAUUUCAGUAAAAAUCAAAAUUUAAAAUUCUAACCAGUCAUAUACACUGGAUAAUUUGGUAGGAAAACUAUAUUUUUUUCCCUGAAAUUGGAUAAUGUAGACUUUCUUCUCAAGAUCUGUAGAUGCAUUACUUGAUAGAACAAUACUUAACUAUCAGUUAUUUUGGAAACGCUCUUGGGCAUUUUAAACAAAAUGAAGUAUAUCCGUUUUGAAACCUGUGUAUUUCUGUUUCAGGGUUUCUGCAUGCAGUGGCAGUCUAAGUGCUAAAAUUCAUUAUAAACCCAAAAUAACCCCUUGAUGAAGGCUUGUUGUCUUUUGCUGUGUUACACAGCAUCCUUACUGGAUAUCUUAGUUGCUUGUUUGGGCAGUACACUAAUGUUACUUAAAACACUGUGAUAUACUGGAGUUUUAGUUAGUUUAAGUCACUACAGGGCAUUUUUAGGGCUGUCUAGCUAUACUGAAUUGUAGCUAACAAUCCUAAUUAUACCGAGUGCCAUACUGAGUUCUUGGUAUGACCCUGUGGAAACAGACAUUAUUUUAUGUAAAUAUAGGCUAAAGACUUAAUGUCCUUUAGCUUGUGUAUAUAAUUGUGUUGUAUAGUCUCAGAGUACAUUCUAACCCUACAUUUCUAAUCAUGAUAUUGGUAAUCUUUUCUGUGAAUAUUAGGUUUCCUUCAGAAAUAGGCCAUUAUUUGGCAAAGUUAACUAUGUGCACUUUUAGAUAUUAAUUACAUUUACAGGCAAAUCACUGUAAUGAGAAUGGUACUGGAAAAAUACUGAAUAGACUUGCUAAAUGGCAUAUGCACUACAAGAAAAACCUUUUAGGUUAUUUAAUAUGUACAGAAAACACAGAAAAAAAUUAUUACAGAACUCUAAUUCCAGUAUGAAUAGUGGAAACCCAUCUGUAAAUUAGAUGGUUGUUGGGUAGAAAAUGACUUUGCUAAAUUCAAUAAUUCUUUUUACCUGUGAAUGUAGAUUGAUUUGUAUAAUAAAACACAGGGUUUGGAAGGUUUUGUUACAAGGAGCAUGGUCUGUUGAAGAUUUUUAAAAUGUAUUUUUCUAGAUUAACUGCUGUAAAUGAAAUGUCUAAUAAAACUAUAAGAGGUUUAGAGAUUUUUCCAUCGGAAA